CUUCCGGUUUCUGUUGCUAAGGCGCGGGCCCGGUGGGCGGUAGAGACAACAGUAUUGGCGUCGUCCUCUCCCCCCUUCCCGGGGGUCGAGAUGUCGGGUCUUAGCCGUUUAGAGAUGGAGGGCUGUCGUCACCUGCUCGGCUUACUGGACAACGACGAGAUCAUGGCCCUAUGCGACACCGUCACCAACCGCCUAGUGUACCCUGAGGACCGCCAAGAUGCUAUUCGUGCAAUAUUAGUGUAUAGUCAAAGUGUAGAAGAGCUUCUUAAACGUAAAAAAGUCCACCGAGAAGUCAUAUUUAAGUACUUGGCAACACAGGGGGUGGUAAUACCUCCAACUACUGAAAAACACAAUCUAAUUCAGCAUACAAAAGAUUACUGGGAAAAGCAAUUGCAACUGAAACUGAAGGAAACACAGGAGCCAGUUACAAAGACAGAGGACCUCGGACUCUUUCAGCAGCAGGCAAAAGAAGGAAAAAAUGCUGAAAAAGUUGAUUUUCGUCGCUUAGGAGAAGAAUUCUGCCGUUGGUUCUUUGAACUUCUUAAUUCUCAGAAUCCUUUUCUGGGCUCACCUCAAGGUGAAUGGGGACCACAACACUUCUGGCAUGAUGUCAAACUUAGGUUUUAUUACAAUACUUCAGAACAAAAUGUGAUAGACUACUAUGGAGCAGAAAUUGUAAGCCUUCGUUUAUUGUCACUAGUAAAAGAAGAAUUUCUUUUUCUCAGUCCCAACCUAGAUUCCCGUGGACUAAAAUGUGCUUCUUCUGCACAUGGGUUAGUUAUGGUUGGUGUUGCGGGCACUGUUCAUCGAGGGAACACUUGUAUGGGCAUUUUUGAACAAAUUUUUGGACUUAUCCGCUGCCCUUUUGUGGAAAAUACUUGGAAAAUCAAAUUUAUCAAUCUGAGAAUUGUUGGAGAAAGUUCCCUUGCUCCUGGAACAACAUUGAAACCAACUGUUAAAUUUGAACAGAGUGACCUAGAGGCCUUUUAUAAUGUAAUCACUUCGUGUGGUGACAACGAACUAAAACUUACUGUAAGGCAAACAGUGGAUAGUGGGACUGGAGACCAAGCUUUAUGUAGUGGAAAUGAGGCAUUGUUAGAAAAAAAGAGAAUUGAGUUUACCUAACCCUCUAGAGCAUUGAGUACUGUUAUAUCAGCUUAAAAAGUCUUCCACAUGGAAACUUUUCAAAUACUGCAUCAGUAAUUUCUAAGUGAUUUCAGAUGUAAGGAUUGACAUAUUUUAGUUCAAAUGCUUUCUGGACUACAGACUGACACAUUAUGUGAAUACUUGGCCUAUUUCUACCUGAGUUUCAUCAAAUGUUCUGGAGAGCUUACUGCAGUUUAUCAAAUAAAUCCCACUUUAGAUGUUGUA